AUGACGUAUACUAUUGAGUCAUUGGAAUUUGUAAGUCAUUUGGCCAAAUUGUGCAUUUUGCUACCUUCCGGUGUUUAUAUCGCACUAGCUGUCAAUUUCAUUUCAUUUCGUGGCAUGAAAAACGAUCUGAGCACUUUUUACACGGAAGCUGCUUAUUUAGUUUGUUUAGUCAAAGGACAAGUUUGUCGAUUGAAAACUGGUUUGUAUACUCAUAAAUUUACAUGCAAUUUACGAAAAAUCUAUGCAUUAGCAUCAAAAACUCUUAGUUCAUAUGGUAUAUUACUUCAAACCCUUAAAAAAGCUAAUCUUCAACCAACAACCAAAAUCAAACAUUUAUCAUCAAAAAACAAUCAUAACAAUGAGGAUAAUGAUGUCCAUUCUUGUGCUCAUUGUUACUUCCUUGUUUUAAUUCAUGAUUUAUUAAAAGAAAAGAAAACAUCACAUCAUUUUCUUUUAUCACAAAUUCAUGAAGUGACCAAAGAUGCUUCAGCUACAAAAAAACUUCGUCAUGCUUAUAAAUCAGUUAACAAGCUAUUGAAUUCACAAACAGAAAGUCGAGGACAAAAGAAAGGAUUACUUCCAUGUUAUGCUCGUGUCAAUUUCUUGAAAACUACACUGACUGAUGUUAUUGAAAAAAUUGAAACUUGUGGAUUUAAACAUGUGAAAUAUGAUCGAUCGGAAACUUCUUAUCGAAAAUUUCGUAAGAAAGUUUGUAAACUUGAUCGUGGUGAAUUCAUGUUAGAUUAUCAUCUUCCUCAUUUAUUGUUAGUAUUUCCUUCUGGUACUGCUUUAUAUGAUUUAGAAUUGUACAAAUCCAAAUCUCUAAUUAUUCAAGACAAGGCCAGUUGUUUCAGUCCAGAGAUUCUUCAACCAGAUCCAAAUUCAGAUGUUUUAGAUGCUUGUGCUGCUCCAGGAAAUAAAACAUUACAAUUAAUUUCUAUGUUGUCCAACAAAUCAACCAUUUUCGUUGUAGAUCGUGAUCCAAACAGAUUCCGACGUCUUACUGAAAAUCUAGUCGUCAAUGGAGUAGAACGAUUGUCAAUACUAGAUUGGUCUAAUUCUAAUAAACACCAUAGUAAACAUAAAAAAUCUAUUCAAAGUUCACAACCAUCCAUUGAAGCAUAUUGUUCAGAUUUCUUAUCCAUAGAUCCAUAUCAUCCAAAAUUUUCUAAUGUUCAAUCAAUUCUACUUGAUCCUUCUUGUAGUGGUUCUGGUUUAUCAAUUCGCCAACCAGAUGGUGGUGAUGAACAAUUUGAUAAAUUCACACAUAAAAAUAAUAAUAAUUAUUGUACAGAUGAAUAUAGUGAAGAAUAUUCAUCUCGUUUAAAACGAUUAUCAAAUCUUCAAGCUAUGUUAUUAAAACAUGCAUUAAAAUUUCCAAAUGUUCAACGUGUUGUCUAUUCAACAUGUUCAAUACAUCCUGAAGAAAAUGAAUCAGUUGUACGUGAAAUAGCUAAUUAUGUAUCAGAUAAAUUUUAUUUAGAAACAAUUUGGCCUUAUAUACCAUCAUCAUCAUCUACUAAUUCUAUGAUGCAUAAUGUAAUGACACCAAUUUGGAAACAUCGUGGUCUAUCUGAUUUAUAUCAAUGUGAAUCAUGUAUAAGAUCAUCUGAAAAAGAUUUAACAAAUGGGUUUUUUAUUGCUUUAUUUAUAAAAUAUAAAUCAAAUAAUCCAUUGAAUGUUAUAUCAUCAUCAGCAGCAGCGGCAGCAUCGUCGUCGUCGCCAUCAUCAUCAUCCGUUGUAACUACUGGAUCAAGUGUAAUUCAUAAUACAUCUAUGCUACAGAAUAAUAAUAAUAAUACAGCUUCUAUUGUUGUUCAUUGUAAUAAUGAAAAUAUGAAUUUAGAUAAACAAGAAUUAUUUACUUUUAAAAUACGAAAGAAAUGUAGAGCUAACCUUUAGUUUUAUAUAGUUGAAAUCAUGAAUCAAUUGAAGCUAGACCACCCUGGAAGCACUGAACGGCCGUUUCGUUCUGUUGUGGGAUUAGCGAGAUGGGAUCGUGGAUGCGCACUGUCACUGAGAAGUCCUAUAAUAAGAUAAAACGGCCGUCCAAUGCUUUCAGGUUUUUCAUGGUGGUCUACCUUCAAUUGAUUCAUGAUUUCAACUAUAGAAUCUUGUAUUUACAUUUAAUAAUUAAUAAUUAUGAAUAUGAAGAAAUCUUUUAUGUUUCAAUUAAAGGGAAAAACAUGUAAAUAAAUAAAUUUUUCAUACAUUUUUGUUUUUUUGCCCUGUAUCUACAUAAGUGUGUGUGUGAGUGUGGAU